AUGGUGGAAGGCGACGGGAGGAGGAGAAGCGCAUGGAACAGGACGGGCUCGUCAUUGUAUGCAACGUCGUCGAGGCAGUCUCUCACCGCAAGCGCAUGCCUCAUGAGGCUGAGGGAUAACGUCAUGAAGACAGACGACGUGGGGAGCAAAGAGGUUGGGGGAAGGACGAAGAGUAAGAGAGAAGAUCCGGGCUCUCUUGACACAGACGAGGGCGAGAACAAAGUUAGGAAGUCCUACAACUUGGCCGAUGCAACUAGAAUGACAGGAUCGAAGACGGAGUUGGACCCCAACGAUGUCCCAGCGUGGAGAACGAAGAUGUGUCAAAACCGAAUGUCUAUCCUGGAGGGGGAGAAACACAAGCUGGAGCUCAAGAAGCGCCUGGUCACAGCUGAGAUAGAAAGGAAGACGGCGCUGAGGAAUCGAGCAGCAGAGGACCUCUCAGGGAAGAUGAAGGAGGUGGAGUAUGUGGAGACCCAGAUCAAGGAGUUUCGGAACAUGCUGCAAGAUCGAGAGAAAGUGGUGGCUGAGCAUACAGCUGCUCAGAAGGAGGCGGUUCUUGCGGACACUAGAGAAAUCGGAAUGAUGAUGCGCAGUGCACAGUCAGCACGGGAGCGGAAUGUUUCAACGUUCGCUGCGUUCGACCUUGCGGAGCGGACGAGGAGGAACCACGAGGCUACGAGGACGCAGACUCUGAACAUCAGGAGCCUGUUCUCCUCCAUCGCGGCCGAGAAGAUCUCCAAUGGGAUAACAAUGCGCCAUGAAAGAAAGAAGAACAUGGAAACCAUCGAGGCCCUCAACAAGGCUGAGCUGGCCAGGCUGCAGGGGUUGAACGAGACGGUCAAGAGGGAGCAGGAGCUAUCCGCCAAGAGGCUAAAGGAGAAGAUCGACCUGACGCAGAGGAAGAGGACGGAGGAGUACCUUGCGAACAGGACUGCUCAGUUUAACGAGUUCAAGAAGGCAGCCAUGGUGACAUCGGACAUGCAAGAUAAGGCAGCGAAGAUCGUAGAGGAGCUGAGAGAAACCUUCGAGGAUUUCUUGCAGAACACAAGAGAUCUCGAGAGAAAACUGAGAAAAAUAUGA